AAACAUCGAGACUCAGUUCACAUCCAGAACUAAAACAGUUAAGAACCAAUCCAAGUAUUACAAAAAUGUUGAAGAUAUUCCUAUUAGCAUUUAUUUUGUGUUCGGUUCAUUGUUGGGACGCAAGAUCAUGGACUGGAAGAGAUUGGCAAAGUAAUAGUGGAAGGGGAUGGGGUGGAGUUGGAGGAUGGGGAGGUGGUUGGAACGGUGGAGGAUGGAAUAAAGGAUGGAAUGGUGGAUGGAAUGGUGGAUGGAAUGGAGGUUGGAAUGAUGGACGUGGUGGAAAAGGUUGGGGAGGAGAUGAUGGAAGAUGGGACGGAAAAGACGAUUGGGCUCCAGCUAAAUACUCCUUUGGUUAUGGAGUUUCCGAUGGCCAUACAGGCGAUAGAAAAGAACAAACCGAAGAACGUGUAGGAGACGCAGUUAAGGGUCAAUAUUCCUUAAAAGAAGCCGAUGGAACAAGAAGAAUCGUCAAAUACGAAGCUGAUAAAGGCGGAUUCAACGCAAAAGUAAUCCAAGAAGGAACAGCAUGGCACCCAAGUGGUUGGAAUGGAGGUGGUUGGAAUGGAGGUGGUUGGAAUGGAGGUGGUUGGAACGGAGAUGGUGGAAAAUGGUAAAUGAAAAGAUAACGAUUACUUCCGUGCCAUGAUUUGCUCAAUUACAACUUAAAUCAAAACGUUUUUUGUGUUAUUUUUUUAUAUAUUCAUGUAUAUAAUAAUAUUUAAAUAGAUGAAGUUGAAAAGCAA